GAGAAAAUGAGAAAUCAUAUUCGGAUAAAGCCGAAUCUUACUGUUUCUUUCCAAAGAAGAAUAUUAACAACAAAAGUGGAAAAGAUCCUUUAAUCUUAUCCGCCACCUUACCACAUUCUUUAUAAAUCAUCCCAACAUUUUUCAAACCUUCCAUUCCAUUUAUAGUUCUCACACAGGAAAAAAAAAAGGGUAUGCUAUAUAUUUUUUUUUAUCUGUUUCUUUGUGUGUGAUUGAAGUCAUAAAGUGCUACCUAGUCAAAUUUUGUUUGUGAUCAAAAUGGAGCAAGCCCAGAAGAAAGAACCAGUUCAUGUGUACCAUGAUGAUGUUCUUGAUGUUGUUGGGUCUUUCUCUUCUUCUUCUUCUGACUCUUCAACAUCAUCCUCUGUUUCUGAAAUUUCAAGUGGGUUAUCCUCAUUGGAAUGUGACUCUUUUGAAGAGGUGACAUCUUCUCCAUCAUCAUCCUCAGCUGAUCAUCAUCAUCAACAACAACUUGUAGUUGUGCCUGAUCCAUUCAGUGACAUGUCUUCUCUCUUUCAACAACUCCCCAUCAAGAGGGGAUUAUCAAAAUUCUACGAGGGGAAGUCACAGUCUUUCACUUCACUAACAAAUGUGAGGAGCUUGGAGGAUCUUGCAAAGGCAGAGAACCCUUACAACAAGAGGUUGAAGUCCUGCAAGAGCUAUGGAGGAGGGUUGGCUGAGAAGGAAGGGGUUUCAAUGGCGGUUUCCAAGAGGGGAAUGAUGCAUUCUGCAGGUUCAAGGGCUUCGUGUUCUUCUUUGAAUGCAAGAAAAGGAAGUGUCACUAAUUUCAUAGGUAGUAGGCCACCGAUUCCUCCUCAUAGAUCUACCACCGCCAACACCAUUCCUAAUCAAACUGUGUUGUUUGCAUGAAAGGGAUUUGAAUGGAAGCUUUUGCUGCUGUUGAAUUAGGUUUUGUUUUGACUUUUGAGGACACCAUGUGAGGUAGAUUCAGUAGUUUCUUUUGAGGACCAAGCACUGUUGGAGAGGGGAAAAGAGAGCAACAAUUAAUCUAGAUUUUAUUUUAUUUGUUCACCUGUUCAAUUUUGGUUUAUAAUUUUUGUGCAGAUGAUUUUUUUUUUUUUCCUUCUGAUAACUACUCCCAGAAUGUUAUCACAGAUUGCAGAGCUACACAAAAAUUAUAAAUAACCUCAAAUAUACUAAUUCAA